GGCCGAGUUGGAUGCGAUCCUCGAGAAGAUUUCGGCGCUCUCGAGCUUGACGCCAGGUGCUGCCGCGACGAUCAAGGAACUGCCGGAUUACUGCAUGGGCACGUACGACCAGACGCUCUCGCAGCGCGCCGAGUCGACCAAGGAAGGCGCGGGCAUGACGUUCCAGGGCAGCGUGUCGGUGUCGGCGGCCAAGGAGCGCAAGCAGAUCGUGUGUCUUGGCGCGGGCCUCGUCGCGUCGCCGCUUGUCGAGUACCUCACGCGCGACGCCAACCACUCGCUGACCGUGGUCUCGGGCCUCCAGGGCGAAGCCGAUGCGAUGGCGGCCAAGUACAAGCACCGCAGCGUGACGCCGGCGACGAUCAACGUCGGCACGCAAAAGGACGCGGUGGCGUCCUUGGUGGCGUCGGCGGACUGCGUCGUGUCGCUCUUGCCGGCGCCGAUGCACGUGGACAUUGCGAAGGCGUGUCUCUCGUCCAAGGUGCCGCUCGUGACCGCGAGCUACAUCUCGCCCGAGAUGCAAGCACUGAACGACAUGGCGGUCGCCCAGCGCAUCCCGAUCCUCUGCGAACUCGGCUUGGAUCCGGGCAUGGACCACAUGAGUGCGAUGAAGAUCAUUGACGAAGUCCAGGCGCAGAACGGCCGCGUCGUGUCGUUCUCGUCGGUCUGCGGCGGUCUCCCCGCGCCCGAGGCGGCCGACAACCCGAUUGCGUACAAGUUUUCGUGGUCGCCGCGCGGCGUGCUCACGGCUGCUCUCAACUCGGCCCAGUACCUCAAGAACGGCCAAGUGGUCCAGAUCCCAGGGGAAGCGCUCUUGACGAGCGCGGAGCGGGUCAACUUUCUGCCCGCGUUUGCGCUCGAGCAGAUCCCGAACCGCAACUCGCUGCCGUACGCGCAGGUGUACAACAUCCCGGACGCCGACUCGAUCUUCCGCGGCACGCUCCGGUACGCUGGCAACUGCGCGAUCAUGCACCAGUGCCGCCUCCUCGGUCUUCUCAACACGAACGAGACGGCGCUGCCUGCGACGUGGCCCGAGCUCAUUGCGCACCUCAAGGCCGGCAUGAGCAGCCGCUUGACGCCGGACGCCGAGGCCUUCCUCACGUGGCUUGGCCUUGACGACGGCAGUGCGCUCAUCGACCCGUCGGCCACCUCGACGAUCGACGCGUUCUGCGCGCUUUUGAUCAAGAAGCUCUCGUACCUCCCGGGCGAGCGCGACAUGGCCAUCAUGCACCACGAGUUCCAGGUGGACUUUGCCGACCGCCGCGAACUCAUCACGUCGACGUACGUGGGCUACGGCGACGACGAGAGCACAGUCAUGGCCAAGACCGUCGGCAUGAGCGCUGCGAUCGGCGUCGACUUGAUUCUGCGCGGCGACGUCCAGGGCCACGGUGUCUUGACGCCGACGACGCCCGACAUUUACACGCCAGGCCUCGCGCGCCUCGAAGCCGAAGGCAUUCGCUUCAUCGAGAAGAGCCGUGUGCUGCCCAAGACCCCAUAAAGAGCAACAGCGCGAUAGACAUGAGUAUGUACGACGACGACCUACUAGUAGUUGCUAGGUGGAGGAAUGAAAACCCGAUUUGCGUGUG